AUGCAUCUUACAUCUACGCUUGCACUUAUCUCCGCUCUUUCUUUCUCGUCACUCCUUCCACUCGCAACUGCACAGCUUAUCACAGCAGACAACCACUCCUUCGGCGGAGUCAACUUUCCUCUCCUGCAAUACUUCACACCCAAGCACCGAGAUGAAACCAUCCGCGCCAUCGUGAAAAGCAAGGCCAGAGUCAUCCGACUCUUCAUCCGCCCAGACAGCCACCACACCGAUCCCGAGCCGCAACUCGGCGAGUUUGACAAAUCUUUACUUGACCAGCUCGACGAUACGCUUGCGGCUGUACAUCGCAUUUCAGAGGGCCAGGUCAAAGUCAUCAUUGCUCCCCACGAUGCGCAUGCUCUGCGAAGCACCAACAAUGUACCAUGCGACGCAUACUGUGAGAAGAUAGGCGGCGCAUUCCUAGACUUCUACAGCAAUGACGGCAUCCGUGCGAUCUACAAGACGCGCCUUGAUGUGUUCUUCAAGCACUAUCCGUCUAAGAACUUUGGGGGGAGGAGUUGGAGUGAACUGUCUGAAGUCAUCAUGGGCGUCGACAUCCAAAACCAACCCUUCAGCGGCAUCUGGCCCAUCCCAUCCGGCGAAUCCUGGCUCUGCGACAUCGCCACACACCUGAAAUUCAAAGCCGGACUCGACAGCUCCAACAUCUCCGUCAUCAGCGGCGGCGUCUCCGGCCUGCAAAGCCUCGGAGGUAUCCAGAACUUCCCCGACAGCAUUUUUGAAUGCCCUGCUAUCGACGUGAUAGGGAUCCAUGGUCGAUUUGCUCAAGAAGAAGGUGCUACCGCCGGAACCCCUUGGGGGGAGAUGUUCAUCAUGGGUAACACACUGACAGCGCGAGCCCACGGCAAGCAAGGAAAGAGGAAGUUGUUGUUGGUUGAGGAGUGGGAGUACGUACACACUGACUCCGGACUCGAGCACAAAAAAGAAGCUAUUUUCGACCAAGGCAACGCCCUGAACCUUCGUGGCAUCCCAUGGAUCUACUCCCACCUCUCCUCCAAGAACGAAUCCACAACACCCAUGAUCAACCCUCUUCGCCCCGAACACGCCUCUAUGACCGCCCUCACAGACAUCCUAACCCGCGCAUCCACAGCCCGGAGUAACUUCAACUGGUCUUCCUACCUCCCCGCGCCGUCCACGCCAUCGACCUCGCUCACUGAGAUCCCGCUGAACCCAUACAUUCCUGCUGACAGUACGUGUGUAUUUGGUUGUGAAGGCCAUCUCUGCUCCUCCGCCGACUCGUGCGCACCCACCCUCCUCUGCAAAAACAACAUCUGCCGGUCCAACCCCGAGUCCCAACCAGGCCAGAUCGGAAGUGCAUGUAAUAGCAAGAAACCGUGUCAACCGCACCUCCGCUGUUCCGGCGGUGCGUGCCAGGCGUGCUCCGUGCGGCCUACGCUUCCACCACCGGGGACGAUGAAGGUUGCGGGCGCGAACGAUGCAAACGGGUCUUGCGCGCCAGAUGCCAUUACUGCGUUCUUUGGACAUGCCUUGCGCCCUCCAACAUGUCUGAGCACCAAGGGGAAGCGGAAUCCGUGCGAGAACGCUCAGCAUUGUGAUGGGGAUGAGUACUGCUCAUGGGGGGUUUGCACACCCUGUUCCUCUGCCGAUCUCUGCCUCGGCGCUCAGUGCAAGAGCAACAACGCCUGCAAGACUGGAUUUUGCAAUAGUCAUGGAAGAUGUGACUAUGGCGGCCAGAAGAGAUUGGUCUUCGGACCGGGCGUGAGGGGGCGCUGGAAAAACGGGAGGGUGGAUGGUGUUCCGGAAGGACAUGAGCGCGGGCCUGCGAAGGUAAGGAGCGAGGCGAUGAGGAUUGUUAUCCCGACGGAGGGCGUUAUGGAGACAGGGCAGGCUCAGGCAAGGGUUGUGUCGUAG